CGCCGGGGCAGAGGCGCCAUGGACCUGGUCAUUACUCAGGAGCUGGCCCGCGCUGAGAGCCACCAGGAUGCCACCUCCCUGAAGAGAGCGUACGAGUUGAUUAAGUCCGCCAACCUGGGGAAAUCCGAGUUUGACCCCACCGAGAGCUUCAGCCCCUACCUGUUCGUUCUGUGCGCCGAACAGGCCCUGAAGAUGGGGCAGCCAGAGGUGAGCGAGGACUGCAUCCAGAUGUACUUCAAGGCGAAGGGGCCGGUCACCCAUUUUCUGGGCCGAGCGCACCUGUGCAGGGCCCAGCUGUGUGCCCCCAAGUCCACCGAAAAUCUGGAGGAGUUUGAAAAUUGCGUGACUCAGUACAUGAAAGCGAUCAACUUUGCGAAAGGAGAACCUAGGUAUUACUUCUUGGUCUAUAACGCCUCGGUCCUCUACUGGCAAAUGGUGAGGCCCUUUCUCAAGCCCGGGUAUUACCAGUAUGUGAUCCCCAGCCUCUCCCAGAUCGUGAGCGUGUUAAACCAGACGGAGGAGGAGGACAAGGACUGGCAGGCAGAGCUGAUGCUGGAGCUUCUGGAGUGCUACCUACAAGCUGGAAAGAAGGAGGAGGCCGCGAAGCUUUGCCCCACAGCAGCGCCGUUCAUAAAAGAGCACGCGCCGCACAGAUACCAGCAGAUGUUUUCUGUGAUGGUACGUCAUGAAUUGAUGGACGAGCAUCAGUUACAGGAAGAAAAGAAACGUUCCAUUAACCUGGCCAUCACUUUCCACAUUAACUUUCUAAAACAAAAAUUGGAUAAGAAUGAUUUACCUGAAGAUGCCAACAAAAUUCUGAAGAGCACCUAUAAGCAGUUAGAUCUCUAUAAUCACCAGAGCCCGCCUUCGACGGAAGAGGAAAAAUUCUUCCUGCUUUUUGAAUUAGCUCAUCUUUCUCUGACCUUGAAAUGUGAGGAUGUCGCCGUCAGCUGCCUCUCAGACCUGAAGGACAUUGUCAGCAAAGACCCUGGGAAGCUGAUCGAGAUCGAGUGCUUGGAGUAUGAAUUAGAAGCUCUAAGGCUCGAAAGUAAAAUUAAAAUCUACAUUCGAGUGGCUGUGGAGACCCAGCUGAAUAUCAUACAGAGACUGGAGGUCGUGCUGCAGCGAGCCAUCCGCCUGGGCGACCCCCAGGUCAUCCACGUGGUGUGCACCACGCAGUGGAACCUGUGUCUCCCGCUGCUGCAGCACAACCUGCGGCACCACCUGCGCAAGCCGCUGACCAACAUCGCGGAGAUCCUGGAGAAGAUGGACAGCCUCAUGGUCCUGCUUCGGUGCCAAGUGCACAUGGAGAUGGCGCGCAUCGAGGAGGGCGAGGACCGCCUGGAGCCCGCCAUGGAGCACCUGCAAAAGGCCAUGCGCCUGGACAGCCAGGGCCGGUACCAGGAGAAGCUCAAGAUGGCCUUCAACCGGCUGCGCCUCUGCUCCAUGCUGUACCAGUCCCCCGAGCGUGCCGAGGACAAGGCCAUCAUGGCCAUCGAGCAGGCAAAGAAAGCCAUGCCCAAAGACAGCGUCCGGAAGAAGCGGGCCCUCCUGGUGAACGCGGGCCUGGCCCUGGCCCCCGACACCUUCCAGAUCGUGCUCGACAGCGAGAACGAGACCAAAGUUUCCAUCGGGAGAAACAGGGGCCGGUUCACCGCCCUCUACGCCAAAGCGCGUCACCACAUCCUCAGCGUGGAGAAAGCCUCCGGGCACUUGCGGCGCCUGGGGAGUGAGAAUGAAAAGGAGAGAGUACUGAUUUGGGCAGAGCUGGCCAAGGUUGCCCGGAAGCAAGGUGUAUGGGAUGUUUGCCGGACAGCCAGCCGCUUCUGCCUCCUGUACGACAGCGUCAAGGUGAAGAAGAUGGCGCGGGCGAAGAAAGGAAGGAAGAAGCGGGGCACGGAUGCCUCUUUAGAUGCCAAGGCCCACUCGCAGGUCCUUCUGCAGCGGCCGGGGUCCCCCAGCCUGCUGCGGAAGUUUGCGGAGGUGGGGUUCAUCAGCGCUGAGGCCACUGUCCACUUGCUCCAGUCAGAGGGUGUGGAGCUCAACGACCACCCCAAACCCACCGAGAACCUGAGCCAGCACCCGACAGGCUACGUGCUCGAGUCCCCCGAGGAAAACUCAGAGUGGAACACGUACAAGAGCUGGAUCGAGAGCCUGUCGCAGUACGCCAUGAACAGCUGGCUGCGGUCCGCGGAGAUUGGACAGGAGAUCCAGGAGGCCUGGAUCGUGCAGAACGCGAUGGUGUACGUCCUGAACCACAACCACCAUCUCAUCGUGGCCGGGCGGCAGAAGGAGCUGGUGGACGCCUUGUACCACCUCCUGACCAUCGUCAAGGCCGUCGGCCACAACGGCGACCCCGUCACGUUGGCGAUGCUCUGCAAUGCUUUGGCUCGAGGCCUAAUUAUCAGCUGGAUCCCAACCCAGGUGCCAGAAAAAUCUAGAAAAGUCAUUCGACCAAACACAUCACACACACCACUGGACUCGGGAGCCAUCUCUGAAAUCAAAACGGCGGUGGAGGUCUGCGAGUUUGCCCUGACCCUGACCAAUGGGACGGUGCCCGAGGAGGUCGUGCCCAUCGAAGCCCGGCAGCAGCUCAUCGCCACCUGGGUGAAGGCCAAGCAGCUGCUGCAGCAGCAGAUUGGGACGAAGCUGGGCACGGAGGAGCAGGGCACCAACGAGGACAUCAACGCCGUGACCAAAAUCCUUGUCGCCCUGGAGAUGUAUUCCUGCAACGGGUUGGGCCUCAUGGACUUCACCGUGCCCUCCUUGGCUAACCUGCUGAAGAUGGUCUCCGAGUGCAACUGGACGGACCCCCUGGUCCAGCUGCAGACGCUGGCCCGCCUGAGCCACUUUGCCUACACAGCCCACGACCACGAGGUCACCAUGGUGUGCUCGCAGAAGGCCAUCCAGAUGGGCAUCAAGUACCUGAGGAUGUUAAAUCCGGUCCAGGCUCAGCUGGUGGCAGAAAUGCUGAGCGCCAGCGCCUGCAUCCAGGGCAGGAGCAUCAUGGAGAACCUGAAGGGGCGGAAGCAGCUGCGCCUGUCGGCCAGCACGGCCUUCUUCGAGAGCGUGAGGUUUGGGGGCAUGGCGCAGAGCAGCGCCCUGGUGAUGCUGGCCGCACGGCACUACUGGAACACCCAGCUCCCGCUCCUGUCCUCCGCGGCCAACAGGAAGAAAGCCAGGCACAUCAUCCAGAGGAUCGUCAACAUCAUCAACAAGACGGAGACCAAAACCCAGGAGAAAGGAGACGUGCAGCUCCUGCACCAGUGGCCGACCGCGGACCUGCAGAGCGGAGGCACCUCCGAGGGCUCCUUCCUCCCAGAGGCCGAUGAUGACCUGUCCCUGCGGGCCGCGCUCUACGGGCUGCUGUUCCACUGCCACGCCGACCAUGAGGACUGGGAGGGCGGCCUGAAGGUGCUGGACGAGGCCGUGCAGAUACUGCCUCGGACCGCGCACCGCCUCUUGAUUUUCAAGCAUAUGGUCCUCGUGAAGGCCAAACUUGGCCAGAAUUUUACAAUGGAAAUACAGAAGUUUAAAGAUGAGAGUGAAGAUUACUUGGCCCACAUGUGGCACCGCCUGGCCUUGAACUCAAAGAACGUCUACGGAGAGUUGACCUGCUAUCAGAACGCAAUCCAGGCCUUGCAGAAGCCGGAGAGCGCGUGGCACAAGGUCGACUACAUCAUGGAGUUCAGCGAGUGGCUGUAUUACCAGCAGUUCCCCAUCGAGGACGUGACCUUCCACCUGAACUGGGCCAUCGACAUCCUUCUGGGGAUGAAACCUUCCAGGGACACACCUGAGCCCGCAGGUGAGGCGCCGCGGCCAGGGACGGCUCCUGGGCACGCUGUCCCUCUCGCUGUCCCCUCUGGCUCAGAGAGCAGGCCCUCCGGUGAGCAAGGUCAUGAUCUGGAGCCAGCCCCAGGCCAACCCCAAGGAGAGCCCCCGUUCACGCAGGAGGCCCCGGAGAGCCUGGGGUCUGAGCACUUGGGGACGGUCUUCCUGGAGAAGCUGCGGAACGUGCGGCAGCUGGAGGCGCUGGCCCGCGCCCACAUCCUGCUGGCCCUGCUGGGCACCCCGAGCGCCGCCGGCUACCAGGACUACUGCCUCAUGGCCUACUCCUUCCUCCGGCACAUCUGGCAGGUUUCUUUAUUAACAGCAGGAAAGUCGUUCUCAGAAAGUAAAAUCCUAGCAACAGUUAGUUCCAAUCUGUUGCUUAAAAAAGAGAAGGAGAAGGUCAAGGACAAGGACCGAGAGAAGAGUAAAGACCCGAAGCAGAUUCAAAUCCCGCUUUCCGGCAAAGAGGUGGAAGAGCCCCCUGCGAGCGUGGAGGCGUGGGCUUCCUACUUCUGCCCCGAAGAGGUGAUAGCCUUCUUCAGACAGGACAGGAGCAACUUUACCGUGAACAUAUCCAGCAUCCAGAGGCCGACGUACACUUUGUAUUUUUUGGACCAUCUGGUCAAGGCCCUGAAGAAGAUGUACCUCCAUGAGCUCACGAUCCCGGUCCUGCAGUUGGGUGUCCUGAUUUCAGCUUGCGUGGUGGACAGCAAGAGCCUCAAAGAUCUCUACCACCUCCGGCUCGCCCUGGUCUGCUCCGACCUGAAGCUGAGAGAAGCAGCUGCCCUGCACGAGGACGCGGUGGGGCAGGUCUACAUCGGGGACUCGGAGCAGUCCAGCUGCAGAAAGGAGAUUGCCCUGAGGAAGGAGAAGACCAGGGAGCCGUUGCUAGAAGAAAGCCUGCCGACGCUGACCGAGCCCCUGCCUGCCGUGCCGCCAGGGGAGAUACGGCCCCUCGUGGCGAAGGACCAGAUUCUGAAGAUGAACGGAGAGACGGGGCGGGGCCUGGAAGGCACAUCCUUUCCCCUCCUGUGGACCCUCAAAGCGGAAGUUCUGCUUGACAUGGAUUCGUACCAGCCCGCGAGGCUGCUCCUGUCUGAGGCGCAGCAGGCCUUCCAGGAGCUUAAGGAUCCUUGUGCAGAAGCCAAAUGCCUGCAGCUGCUGGCCCAGUUGGCCAACAAGGAGAAAAACUACGGCCAAGCCAGGAAGAUGAUUGAGCUUGCGCAGCGCCUGGGCGGUGGCGAGGAGUUCUGGUACCAGUCCAUGCUGACUAUGGCAGACACGCUCUUGUCCACGGAAAAGGAAGGAAAAGAAGUGAUGGCCUGCCAGCUGUUCCAGAGGCUCAUCGAGGUCUUCAAGGUGCUCAAGAAACAACGACCCAACCGCGCACCCGUCCUGGAAUUCAUGACCACAGACCUGGAGGCCAGGAGCUUGAACCUCCGGAUCCAAGUCGCCCAGGAGUCGGUGGGCAGCGAAUCGUCGGAAUUCCCGUUUUUGCUGAGCGAGCUGUAUGAUCAAUUGUUGGAAAUUGAGGAAAAGUUUGUCAACUGUGGCUACAAAGAGAACUGUGUGGACAUAAAGCUGGAGCGGGGGAAGAUAAAGAGGCUGUGCGCCCAAUUGGAGCCGGACGAGGACCAGAGGGCCGUGUACUACCGGGAGGCCUACGACGUGGCGCAGAGCGCCGUGGCCGAGGAGGAGGAGCUGUUGCACAGUGUCCAGAGCCUCCUGGCCCUUCAAGACUUACAGAACGUCAACACGCCCCUGGCGAGGAAGCUGGCGCACCUCAAGCUGAAUCUGGUGGACGUGUACCUGGACAUGUUUCAGCUGAUCUGGGAGGAGCCCCUGGAGCACGAGCUGCGGCAGGACUCCAUGGAGAAGCUGCUGGCCGACUACCUGCAGAGCGUGAGCGACCUGACCACCACCGGCCUGAGAUGGUUCACGCUGAAGCGGAUCCUGGCCCACGUGGCGCUGGCGCAGCUGGGGAGCCUGCAGCUGCUGAGCGUCAGCUGUGUGGAGAUCCGCGCGCGGCUCCUGGGCCUGGUGGGCAGGGCCUUGCGCCUGCUGGCCAUGCAGGUGGACCCUGUGCGCCCCAUAUUCUACUGGGAGGAGAGCCUCCUGAUGGGAACAGAGCACAGCAGCCUCAAGUAUCUGGUGAUAACCCCGGACGAGGUGGACAGCGAUGAGCAUGGCAGCAGCCAGCCAGCCUCCAGGAUGGUCCCUGAGGAGCGGAGCAGGAAAAGCUCAGAGCUGAAGAGGAGGAAGGUGCUGGCCCAGCAGUACCUGGCCCAGGCGACUGAGGUGUUGCUGCAGUGCCUGCAGGUCGCCCUGGGCAACAGCCUCCUGGAGGUUGCGAGGGCCGCCAGCCUGGAGAUGGUGGAGUGCAUUGGCACCCUGGACCCCACGGCCACCUGCCAGUACCUGAUGCUGUCUCAGAGCUGCUCAGUCUCAGAGAUGAUGCGGGGCGUCCUGCUCUCGGCCACGGCCAACACCAGCAGCUCGCAGCUGGCGGCCCUGCUGCAUCUGGAGAACAGGCUGAAGCUCCAGGAGCGGACCUCCACCAGCCAGUUUGCCGGUGUGGAGCAGAGGCUGGCUGCCAUUUCCAAGGCGUGGCAGAACCUCUCGGUCACUGAACAACAUUUUAACCACUUAAAUGAGAUUCCUCCCACUUUUCGGAUCCUCUCUCUGCACCACUCCCCUGACAGGACCCAUCUGUAUGGUGCUGUCUAUGAGAAACCCAAGUUCAUCCCCACAGCCAAAGGGAAGCUGGUCCAAGUCGGGGACGCCUGCAGGGUGGCGCGGGUGGCUGUGAGCCCGGCCGCCUUGUCUGGCCUGGUGGCCAGCGCCCAGCAGUUCCGGGAGCAGAGCCAGGCUGAGGUGUGCAGCAGGGACAGAGCCCUGAUCUUCGGCCUGAAAUCAGGAGGCGCGAACCCUGAGAGGCAGAGGUACCCUCCCCUGAGACUCAGCGACAUCCUGAAGGCCACGGAGGAAUACCUGCGCCCGCUGCUCUCGCUGCUCCGCAGCCCCGAGCCCAGGUCCCGCGCCGGAGCCUGUUCGCUGGCGCCUGCGCGCAGCUCCCUGGCCCCCAUUAGUGGGGCACUGGCUGCGUUAAUGAGAAAUGCCCUUGGCGUUCCUGCUGUGUAUGGUUUUCGAGUAUUUUUCACACCUGAACGUGUACCUUUGACUUUCAGAAUCCACAUUUCGUCGACCACUGGGGAUUUGGGGAAAGCAAAGCCCAAAGACAAGGAUCGGAAGCAGUCCAUCGUCCCAGGGUUGGCCACGCCGGCAGCCAGCUUCCUCCCGCCCCCAGUGGAGCCUGAGGCCGUGGACACCGUGGUCCUCAUUGUGGACAGGCCGCUCCUGGAGCUGCCCCUGGAGGGCCUGCUGGCGCUCCGGGAGGGGGCCAUCUCCUCCGUGUCCCGGGAGUUCUCCCUGCAGAUGUUCUACAACCACCUCCACCAGGAGGAGGCAGACCGGACCACGAAAAAGGGCUCCAAAGGCAAAGAGUUGAAGAGGAGAGGCCCAGGGAAGAAGAGCCGGAAGGGCAGCGCGCCCCGAGUCAUCCCUCCCGACGCCAUCUUAGUCGACGCGGACAACUUCAAGUACGUCGUGGACCCCUUCGAGGAGGCCCAGGGCCCAGGAACAUGGCUGCCUGUCUCCGUAACCCGGGAAAUUUUGGAUAAAUACAAAGACUCGUUCACCGCGCGAUGGGUGGGACAUCUGGGAAAAAAGCUCUUUCCAAGCCAGGCCGAGUGGGAGCAGCUGCUGGGCCGCUGCGAGGGCUUCUUCUUCUACGGGAUGGAGAACUUCCUGUCCCACUUGUCGGUGGAAAGGUUGGCUGCCAUGAACUUGGAAGACUGCCGGCUGAUGGUCCUGCUGGACCUGAGCCGGUCCUACGAGAGCAUGCGGCGGACGCUGGAGUCCUCGGAGCACAAGAGUGUCCCCCAGCUGGCCCUGGAGGAGCCCAUCGAGACGGCCAUCCUGCUGAGCCUGGUGGGGGUCAAGAGCAUCCUGGCGAACCAGUGGCCGACAACCCUGCAGGACAACGCGCUGAGGGCCAACGUCCUGUGGGAAAAUCUGCUGGCAUUUGGCAAGACAACCGGGAAAGUGGCCCGUCUCCUUCAGAGGAUGGAAGCUGGUGAAAUGGUCAGCCACGACGAGUCUCCACAGACCCCCAAGAACAGGCUGAUGCUCCGACCACAGCUGCACCGCCCUGAGUGGCCCUCCAUCAGCCUCAACCUGGUCCUGUACGGGCUGCCGAACCAGGCCAUCGUGUGAUGCUCCCGUCCCGCCCGCUGCGCCCCUGCACGCCCGCCCCCGGGCCCUCCUGCUGGUCUGAGUGCCUCCCCUUCGCCCCCCGUGCCACCUGCCUCCUCCACCAUCAUCCAGGGCCCUCCCAGGGUCUGCCUGCACCUCUGCACCGGGACCCUCAUGGAAUGGGAGGACCCAGGAGGGGCCCGGCAGGCAGGUGGGGUGAGGGCUGCACCGGGGGCCACCCCAGGCUGCCUGGACACCUGACCCCACCCUGCCCUGUCGAGGGGGCGCAUCUCUCCCCGGGGACCUGGCGGAGGGGUGGUCUCCACCCCCACGAGCCGUCAGCAGCAGGGGUGCCCUCCGGAGACCGUUUCUGGCCGAUGUCCCUGGGGACGAGGCUUGUGGUCCUGGGGGGGCCAUGCCGGUUCCGAGACAAGGAACACUGUUGGGCCCUUUUGUUGUCCAUGUAAGAGCUUCAGUAAAGGACGGAACCCAGCUGCUGCGAGUGCUGUCUGUGGCCGAGACGCUGGGUGGUGGCGGGGCCGGGCCCAGCCUCGGGUCUGGGAGUCACGUCACCAGCACCUUCUCCCAUCUGGCCGUGUGAAAUGAGCCCCCAGCCCUCCCCCCAGAGCCCCCCACUCGGGUGGGCUCCCAUCCUGGCAGAGGAAGGGACAGGUCCUCACAUGGCACUGCCCUGAGGGCUGCAUGGCCCUGUCCUCGCAGCCAGGACCUCCCAGCCCAGGUCACCCGCCACCACCAGAUCAAGGUGGGCUGUGUGUGCAGCGGGACCCGGACUGUGGAGCCAAGUGGAGCAGAGGCACCAGGUGUGGCAUGAACAGGUGCCAUGGGCCGGCUCUGUGGCU